AUGGCGACGAAAGCGGCGGUGAUCGCCACGCUGCUUGCCCUGAACCUGCUCUUCUUCACCUUGGCCGACGACUGCGGCUGCAAGCUGCCUAGCCCGCCGCCGCCGGGCGGGGGAGGAGGAGGAGGGGGCGGGGGCGGUGGAGGCAAGGGUGGAGGAGGAGGGACCGGUGGCUGCCCUAUUGACGCGCUGAAGCUUGGGGCGUGCGCGAACGUGCUGGGCGGGCUGAUCAACCUGCGGCCGGUGACGACGCCGAAGCAGACGUGCUGCUCGCUGCUCCAGGGGCUGGCGGACCUGGAUGCAGCCGUGUGCCUGUGCACGGCGCUCAAGGCCAACAUCCUGGGCAUCCACCUCAACGUCCCCGUCGACCUCAGCCUGCUCGUCAACUACUGCGGCAAGAACGUCCCCUCCGGCUUCCAGUGCCCCACCUAG